AUGGUAGUUUGCGGUGUUAAUGCUAGUGGUGGUGGUAAACGUUUAAUCGAUAUCAACAUCAAACAAUCAAAUCAAAUGGCAAUGGAGCAAUAUCCUCAAGAAACCAUCCCUCAAACAACUUUUGUCAAGGAUAGUGAAACCACUUCCGAGAAAUGGAAAUCAUUAUCAGAAUCUAUCGACGAGUCCGAGAAUAGUCCUUCCGCCGGUUUUGACUGCAAUAUUUGUCUAGACUCUGUCCAAGAUCCGGUGGUGACACUGUGUGGCCACCUCUAUUGUUGGCCAUGCAUAUACAAAUGGAUACAACACCAAAACACUUCACCUGAAACCCCUAACAAGCACAACCCACAAUGCCCUGUCUGUAAACAUGACAUCUCUCAGAAAACCCUAGUACCACUAUACAGUCAGGGUCAAACCACAAAACCUCAAUCAGAAGAAAAAGGUCUAGAUUUGGGGAUGUCGAUCCCACGUAGACCCGCUUGUAUUUGCAUUAGUCAAAAGAGCUACCUUACUCUUCUCAUAUGA